AUGGAGGGUCCUGUUCUGACAGAAAGUGAAGUUUGGAAAGUUGGCUCAGGGACCAGCUCAAGUUUAAACACGGAUGACCGAAGUAUUGACUAUUCGCCCCUUAUGAAUGACACCGUAACUGACGAAAACCUGUCAAAAGCAUCUGAAAUCCCAGGGACCUCAAUCCAAGAGCAGAUCUGCGGCAGCAUCCAGGAACAACCCGACCCAGAGGUUACAUCAGAUCAGAUCAAGUCAGUAAUUCCACAUGAGCAGCGAUUAGAAGAAGAUUUACCUUCCACUCAAACAGCAGUAGAGUGCAAUAAGGCACCUCCUGAGUCAGCGUGCAAACAAGAGAGGUGUGUCGACCGAGCAGAGGAACCAGCAGAUAAGAUAUGCUUGGCGCUUGGUCGACAAAACCUUGACCAGGAGAUUAACCAGGAGAUCACCAUACUGGUGACCAAUCAUGACUGUAUAUUUGAGGAUGAGGAGGAUGAGGAGUUUGGGGAGCAGAAGACUUCCAGCUGCCCUACUGAACCCGAGACUGUCUCUUCCGUUGAGGGUGGAGGAGUGACUGAGGAAGAGAGUCUCGAUGGUUCCAUCGUGGUGGUGAACAUGAUUGAUGUCAGUCAAGUUCAGAAGACCAGCGUGAUAACUAACGCAUCAACUGAGCAGAAUACCACCAAUGAAGAACCAAGAUUGCCUGGAGAUCCUGGGGAUAGUAGCAAUGAGACAAACUCUGGGAGAAAAGGUUCAAGCACCCCUCAGGAAACAGACACAAGUAGCACACAUGCUAACACAAGGGCCUCAGUGGAAGUGAAUGUCUGCAGUCUGGAAGAUCAGCCCACACAGCCUAAAGGCGUAGAAGUAAAACUGGAGAAAAUCGAAUUGACUGACUCCAGGAAUGCCGUACGGCCCGCGCAAGAGACGCUUGGCGUGACUCGGUCACCUGGACGCGCCCAGCAUGUGCAAACCCAGGUCAGUCUGGAAGUGAUGUACCAAUCAGUGGCCACCAGCCCCAUGACUCCUCCCGAGGGCUCUGCAGCGUUCAUUUUUCCAAGCACCUUUGGAAAACUCGCCAACAAGUGUAGUACAGAGGUGUCCCAGACCAAAGAUGCAGAGUUGCAGGUGGGCUUGCAGGUGGAAGUCCGUUCAGUUGCCACAGCUCCCAUGAGCCCGAUUACUCUGACCGCACCUGAGGUUAUUCCAGAGCCGGAACCACGGAUUGGGGUGGUGCCAGAGGAAGCCCCAGAGCCCGUGCCGGAGGUGAGCUGGGACGAAAAGGGAAUGACUUGGGAGGUGUAUGGUGCAGUGGUGGAGGUGGCAGUGCUGGGUACGGCUAUCCAGAAACACCUGGAGAAACAGGUAAAGAAGCAAAACAAACAACCUUCGGCCUUGCCUGCUCCGACAGAUGAUCUGCCAGCGGAUCUGACCGAAACAUCUACACCGAUGCCUUCCAGUCCUCCCCCCAUGCCAGACCCCGGUGAAAGCAGCCCUGCCAAAGAACAAAGAGAGGAAAAGACGGUGAAGAGCGGCAGGCGUCGACAGAAUCCUUUUCGCCAGUGGUUCAGGAACGUCCGGCGACCAAGUUGUUGUUCAAGACCACGUCAAGAUGAGGAAAACUAAGAAAGGCAUGAAAGUCGAAAUCAUCUUGAGACAAUCUCUCCCAGCUUUGUACACUUUGGCCGUGCACAGGAUUGGGUUUAGUUCGAUAAUACACCCCUUUACCAUUC